AUGGCCAAUGGGAGAGCAGUCAAUGGGUUCCUGCUCGACAUCACCGGAGUGCUGUACAACAGCAUCUACAAAUCGGACGGAGUGGCCAUUCCGAUGUCCGCCGAGGCAGUCAAUUUGUGAGUUUUUUUUCUUUUCCGACACGAGCUCACCCACAAAUUAGUAUCGAUCCUCUCCGUAGACUAAUAAUUUCAGCCUCUACCAAAAUUCGAAAGUGAAAUUUCUGAGCAACGCGAAAGGAAACUCAAAUAGAAAUGUAGCUCGGAGGCUGCAGAGACUCGGGAUCAAGUGAGUUUUCAAGUUCCCACCUCCCGCACGGCAAAUAAUGUGUUCAGUGUCCGAGAGGAAGACGUGAUCACGCCGGCGCCAGUGGUUGCCCAGUACUGCCGGGAGAACGAGUUGCGCCCGCAUCUUUUCGUCAGAGACGGUAGCCAUUCAUUCAGUUCGUCACCGAUCUUUCUUUCUCUCAAGAUGUGCUCGAGUACUUCGACGGCAUCGACACGACGUCGCCGAACUGCGUCGUGAUGGGCGAAGUCGAGGAGGGCUUCUCGUUCGAGCGCAUCAACCGCGCCUUCCGCGUCCUCAUCGACAUGCCCAAGCCGCUGCUCAUAACAAUGGGAACGGGUAAUAAUUGCUUCCUUUCCCUCAUUCAACCCACAAAGUUUCCCCUUUCCAGCAAGUUCUUCCAACGUGUCGAUGGCCCGUGCAUUGACGUCGGAGCCUUCGCCGCUGCUCUCAAGUUCUCGACCAACUGCGAGGUCCUGAACAUCGGCAAACCGAGCCGGUUCUAUUUCGAGCAAGGAAUGAACGCGCUGGGAUUGAAGCCGGAGGAGGUGAGCAUCUUUGCGAUGAAUCAUUUCAACUGCAUCUCUCUCUCUUCCGCAGAUUGUAAUGGUGGGCGACGAUCUGAUGUCAGACGUGGGAGGAGCACAGGCGUGCGGAAUGCGUGGCAUCCAAGUCAGAACCGGCAAAUGGAGACCGGACUUUGAGAAUAUGCCGGUGAAACCGGACCUGACCACCGACUGCCUGUACGACGCGGUGAAACUGAUUGCGGAUAACGGAUUCCGGUUGUAA